AUGAAGUUCUUCAUCGCUUUUGCUUUAUGCAUCGCGGCAGCGUCCGCCUACACUGUCGGCAGCCCAGUUUUAGCUGCCACCGAUGGUAUUAAUGGUCGCAUUACCAACGGUGAACGUGCCGCUGCGGGUCAAUUUCCCUACCAGGUUGGACUUUCAUUGAAAAAGAGUAUUUUCUCUUCGUCCUGGUGCGGUGGUUCUUUGAUCUCAUCUGAAUGGGUAUUGACAGCUGCUCACUGCACUGACGGUAUUGCCGAAAUUACUGUUUACUUGGGCGCCACUGUACGCACAUCCCCUGAAGUUAAAUACACCGUUUCCAAAGACAAUGUCAUCAUUCACUCUGGCUGGAAUUCGAAGAAGAUCGUAAAUGAUAUCUCACUCAUCCGCAUACCAGCCACUUCUUUCACCAGCAAAAUCAGCGCGGUCAAACUACCAAGCAUCGCCAGCACCUACUCAUCGUACAGUGGUGAUCGCGUUGUUGCCUCCGGUUGGGGCCUUACUUCCGACUCCGCCAGCUCUGUCUCUAGCAAUUUGAUGUAUGCCACCUUAGAAAUUGUUUCUAACACAGUUUGCUCUAGAAUCUACGGCACUUCAUCAGUGAAGGCUUCAAAUGUUUGCGUUAGUACACCAAAUGGUGUUUCGACCUGCAGUGGUGAUUCUGGUGGCCCAUUGGUUUUGGAAUCGUCCAAGAUUCAAGUUGGUUUAACUUCGUAUGGUGCUGCUGAUGGCUGCGAAUUGGGUUACCCAGCUGCGUUCACCCGCAUUACCAGCUACUUGGAUUGGAUCAAGGAGCACUCUGGCGUCGAACACUAA